UCAAACAUUCCUCAAAUCUGUAACACCUUCACUCAGCUAACAGUUGUCGUGGCAACCAGACGAAUAACAGAAAACAGAUGAUCGAGUAUAUUAUAAAUAUUUGUGAUACGUUUUAUGUAAUUAAAUAAUGACGCGCUCCGUGUACGAGGUGCAACAGGACUUUGCACUGAGCAGUGGACUACACUCUGAAAUAAUUUGGGAUGCCCUUGCAGCAGAUCAAGAGGAGGUGCUCAAGCAGAAGAUUGCGAACCUCAUCAAUGCAGAUAGCACAGAGCCAAGCAAAAGUUUGGAGCGACAGCGACAGAAGGUCUUUGAGAAUGUGUGGCAACAGAGGCGCUAUACAAAUCGCAUGUUACUUUCGGCGAUCAUCUACGUGCUGGUGACACCAGAAAAGGAUCCAGAGCAGGCGCUACGAUCCACCAAUUUCAGCUGUCAUCCUGUAAUACGGACGCGCAAAUGCUUGAGAGAGGAUUACGAGAAUAGCGACAACUGCUGCAUGAUCUUCAUCGAUGAGCAUGGUCGUGUUUAUGCGAACUGGCGGCAAUAUGUCUUCCACAACAGACUACCCAAGGGCACAAUGAUUGCCCCCAGCCAGGGCAUCUAUCGAUUCGGCCAUGAUCCCGAUAAUGGAGUACAUCUAAUGGUCCAUGCGACGCCUGCAUCGUUUGGUCUCAUAUAUAAAGCUGGCGAUGCCUUGGCUACAGUUGGUGGAUUGGCUGCCAGUGUGCCCGUGGCGGCUGCUCUGGCUGUCCCCGUGGCUCCCCCUAUUUUGAUGGCAGCCGCCGUUGUGGGCGCCACUGCGGCUGCUUACAGUACCGCACGUUCUAUCAGUUGCCUUUAUGAUCGCCGCCAACACUGUCAAUCUCUGUCGCUGCGUGAGCGAGAAUCACGUAACAGCUGGCUGGGCGUAGCUGGCGGCGUCGUCGGCCUGGGUGCCAUGGAAGCCACCACAGCUCUGUGUGCGGCGAGCGCAGAGGUGAAUGCAGCUGCUCAGCURGCCGUGAAGGGCAUCAAUGUGUCGUCCAUCGUUAUAUCGGGCACAGGUGUGGCCAACAGCGUUUACGAUUUGUAUUUGAAAAUCAACGAGGACCAACCUCUAUGCAGCAUCGAUGUGCUCCACAUAGCCGCCAGUCUGCUGAUCUUUACGCACUCCAUUAACAAUCUGCGCCUAGUCAAUCGUUUGACAAAUGGUCAAUCCUUGAGGCAAGCGGUGAACCAGCAAGCCAGACUAACCUUUGGACAGAUCGCUAAGGAGUCGUCGAAGCUGAAUGGCCAUGUUCCUGGCCAGCAUUUCGACAUGGUGCGCACCCUGAAUGAUAUACCCAUUAAGGAGACACUGCUAGGUCUGCACAACUCGUACAAGCAUUUGCGGGAAGGUGCAGCCACGCUAGCUUCCAUAGCAGGAACGCUGAUCAGUCGGGAUAGCGAAGGUCAGCUGCAUUUGAAUGUGGAUUCCGUCGGCAAAUCCCUUGGCCCGAAGUUUGUGGAGCACAUUGGCCAUCAGAGCAGUUUAUUGGAUGUGCUGAAUGCUCUGGUGAAAUACUUCGACGGGCCAGCGAUGCAGCUGCUCCUACAGCUGGCACGUGAAUUUCUGGAGAAUAAUCUCGAUAGCAUUGAGCGUGGACUGAACACGUUUCUAUCCACGGAAUUGGUGCUCUAUCACAUUUUGAUGCAGUGCAUCAAUAAUUACGAAAAUCUUACAUUGGAAUUCUUAUUGGAGCGGAAAGAUGAAAUCUUAUCCAUUCUUACAAAAUAUUUCGAGGGAUUGAGGCCCAAGGACGAGCAUAGCUCUACCAAGACGAAGUGUGAUAAUUGUCAAGGUGUUUACUAUACAUGUAAUCUCUAAUUUAUAUUGUUUAUAAAAAUAUAUUUUGAAUAUAUUUUGACUA